AUGUUGCUCUACUAUGGUCUGGCGGAUACCGCAUCCUCGGGAUUAUCCCGUCCCUUGGCCGCAUCGGUCGUGGGGCGCUCUCACGUCACGGCAGAUGGUGGUUUUUGUGGCAGAAAAACAAACAUAUUGGGCCACGUUGUCUCCGUCCCAGCGCCAGCCUGGGCAUCGGCCGCCCCUUGCUCCACGUCUGCUUGUUUCUCAGACAGAUCCUCCUCCGCCUUUCUGAUCCGACGGCAUCUCCUGAUGGCCCAGAUGGACAAGCAAAGUACGACAAGACAAACCAGCCCGACUCCCAGACCGACACCGAGCUUGAUAGAUCGUGAGAUGGACGAGGGUGGCAAACGAGACCAUGUCCUCGGUCGCGGUGCUGUCAAACUUGGUCUGGGCGAUGGCCAUCUCCGCGUUGGCGAGGUCGAAGACCAUGUAUGCCUGCUUGAGCACGCCGCCGCCGAGUAUAUCUGCGAUGGAGACGUUCAAUACCAGCCCGUCGGUUCCAUCGAGUUGCAUGACGAUAUGUCCGGUGGAAGUCUUGACCGCGGUGCAUGGUAUGAGAGUACGGAGAAGAUUGGAACUCCAACGGGCACCGGCAAGAAACCAAAUGUCCUGGGCAAGAGCGGGAGCCAGAGAUUGUAUGCGGGAGAAGUGAUGACGCCGUCUUUGACCAAGCGCUCGGCCGUCGGCCAAGAUGCUCGACUCAGGCAUGAAUCGGCGAUCACCCGGGGCCCGGGACUUAACACCGCUGUCGGCGGCAGCGGCGGCGAUCAAGUGAGAUUGGCGAGCAUACGGCAGAUGAACUUGAACUUGAACAGAAGCCACGGCAGCCCAGGCAGCGGCCGCAAAAAGAGAAGACGCCCUCACGAUGAAGAGGACAGAGAACGAGUGACUGACGAUCAACAGCGCAUGAUGAAGAUGAGAGAAGAAGAAAGAAUAAAAAAGAAGCACAAACUAGCGUGGCAAAAAAUCUUUCAGCGUGAUGCCCACGAAAAGCGGCACAGCAACUCUCCAUAG